AUGCCCUCCGAAGAGAAGUUUCAGGCCGGCGAGGCUUACGGAGAUGUGGAAAAAGACUCUGCCAAUUUCUUUUCUGAUCCUGCCAAGAUCGCGCAAGAUCUCUUGAAAGACUGUGCUGGUCUUGCGAACCAGACAACUCUUCCCGAGCUCGUGGGCCUCAUCAAGGAACUACUACAAAAGGGGCAACCUCUUGACGAUAAGAAGGGUAACACUGAGCUCUUGAUUGGGAUCCUUACCUCCCUUCCUUCUACGUCAAAGGCUAGAGUUCAGCUUACCAACAAGCUCAUUGAUACGCUUUGGGAUAACCUUCAACAUCCACCCUUGUGCUAUGUUGGAGGUGACGUGAGGUACGAGGUGGUUGACUCUUCGGAGUCAACUGGACCACAUAAUGUGGCACCCAAGCCCUACGACGCGAUCGAGUUCAAGGCCCCGGACAGCGACAUUACCCUGCGUGAGCAUAUACCACAAGCCCCAGAUGGUCUUCAUCACUAUCGAACACCGGAUGGGAGUUAUAACAACCCCAUCCAGCCUAACUUGGGGAGGGCUGGGGCCCCUUACGCGAAGACGGUGAGGACAACAAAGCGCUUGGCGGGCGUCAAGCCUGAUGCAGGUUUACUUUUUGACCUUUUGAUGGCCCGCGAUGACAAACACUUCAAAGAGAGCCCAGCAGGUAUCUCAUCCAUGUUCUACUAUCACGCGGCCAUCAUCAUCCACGACAUCUUCCGUACAAACCGUACGGACAUGAAUAAGUCAGAUACUUCGUCAUAUCUCGACCUGGCCCCCCUUUACGGCUCUUCUCUCAAGGAUCAGCUGGAGGUCCGUACCAUGAAGGAGGGCAAGCUAAAGCCUGAUACCUUCCAUGAGAAGCGAUUGCUUGGCCAGCCUGCAGGGGUUAAUGUCAUGCUUGUUAUGUACAACCGUUUCCAUAACUAUGUAGCAGACAUCUUGCUGCAGAUCAACGAGAAUGGGCGCUUUACGCUAGACUGUGGGCUAAAUCCUACUCCAGAGGAAAAGGCUCGUGCCGUUGCUAAGCAGGAUCACGACCUCUUCAAUACGGCUCGCUUGAUCACUGGUGGGCUAUACAUCAAUAUCAGCUUGCAUGACUACCUACGAGCCAUCACCAACACACAUCACUCCAAGAGUAACUGGACACUGGACCCUCGUGUCCAAAUCGACAAGCAAUUCGAUGGUGAGGGUGCGCCGCGGGGAGUUGGGAAUCAAGUAAGUGUAGAGUUUAAUCUACUAUACCGAUUCCACUCGUGUAUUAGCCGCAAGGACGAACGUUGGAUGAACGAAUUCUUCCAUAAGCUCUUUCCAAAGCACGCGGUGGAAGACUUGGAGAAUGUGAGCUUGAAUGAGCUGGGUCAAGCCUUAGUGGAAUUUGAAAAGAAGAUCCCUCAGGACCCUAGUCUUCGCACAUUUGACGGCAUAGAGCGCCAAGGGGACGGAACGUUCAAGGAUGAGGACCUCGUACGGAUCCUCAAGGAGGCUAUGGAGGAUCCCGCUGGUGUCUUUGGCGCACGUACAAUACCAAAGGCCCUCAAAGUUGUCGAGACCCUAGGAAUAUUGCAGGGUCGCAAAUGGCAGGUCGCUUCGCUGAACGAGUUCCGCGAGUUCUUCGGACUCAAGAGAUACGACAAAUUUAGCGAAAUCAACUCGGAUCCGGAGAUCGCCAACAUCCUCGAGAAGCUAUACACAGAUCCUGACAUGGUCGAACUCUACCCGGGUCUCAUGAUCGAAGAUGCCAAACCUGUCCGCAACACGGGCUGUGGAAUCCAGCCGACGUACUCGGUGGGCCGUGCUGUGCUAUCUGACGCCGUCACUCUCGUCCGCUCCGAUAGGUUCAACACUCUCGACUAUACCGUCUCGAACUUGACCAGCUGGGGCUACAACGAAGUGCAACAGGACUAUAAGAACCUAGGAGGGUCGAUGUUGUAUAAACUCAUUCAGCGAGGUCUUCCUGGUUGGUUCCCUUAUAACUCAGUAGCUGUCAUGCAGCCCUUUUACACGAAGAAGGCCAAUACGGCAAUUGCCAAAGAACUGGGUACUAUUGACCAGUACACCUUGGACGAUCCACAACCGCCUAGGCAGUCCGUUAUUCUAUUUUCAAGUGCAUCCAUCAAGGAAGUCCUUAGUCACCACACGGAGUUUGUCGUGCCCUGGCUUCCGGCCAUGAAUGCCUUGUUCCCCGGAAAGAAGGACCUUGGCUGGUACAUGCUGGCGGGCGACGCACCCCGGAACGAGGCCGACCGUGCCAACAUGCUCAAGGCAAUGAACAAGGUGCCCAACAUGCACAAGGCAGUACACGAGUUCGUCGAACGCGUGGGCUCGAAGCUGAUCCAGAAAGAGUCGUUUAUGUUCAAGGAGGGUCUCAACCAGAUCGACCUUAUUCGCGACGUUGCUAUCCCACUCAACGCACAGCUUCUCGCUGAUCUCUUCUACUUCGAUAUGAAGACUGACGAAAACCCCAAUGGUACCCUCAGCCAUACCGAUCUUUACCGAUCUCUCCUGGAUAUCCGUAUUUGGGGAGUCAACAACAACGACCCAGCCCAGGCAUGGACUCGUCGCCGCCGCGCGCAGGAGGGUGCCAAAGUCAUGAUUGACUCUACUCGGAAGCUCGUUGAUGAGGUCUCCAUUAGUCGUGGAUUCGGCCUCGGCGUCGCUUCCACCUUAUCUAACCUUGUCACCCGGAAGGGUAGCCUCAAGGAUGGUUCUCUACGUUCUUGCGGCUAUAAACUCGUCGAGCAGCUUCUGGCGCAGGGCGGUAAGCCCGAGACAGUCGUUGAUAUGCUGUGGCUCACGGCCUUUGGUGCCAUUGGUGUGCCUGUAACAUCGUUCUACGAAAUUCUGGAGUUCUUCCUCCGUCCCGAGAACGCGUCCAUCUGGGCAGAGAUCCAGUCCAUGGCGCAGAAGGGUGACGAUGAUGGAAUCCACGCCUACGUCAUUGAGGCCCAGCGCCUCACAACCACGCAGCGCAACGUGCGUGUUGCGACGAAGCCGGCCGAAUUUGAGGGCAAGAAGAUUCAGCCCGGUAACCUUGUGGUCAUGAUGCUCGGCGAGGCCGGACGCAACGGGUCUGAUGUCCCCAACGCGGACAAGUUCGACCCGAAGCGCAAGCAGGACUACAUCACGGCCCACAGCUACGGACAGCACGAGUGUCUAGGCACGGAAGUAGCACGCGCCUUCAUCAGCGGGCUCGUCAAGCUCGCGGCCGAUCUAAAGGGUCUGCGCCCAGCACCUGGCCAAAUGGGCCAGGUCAAGACGAUUCACGUCGGCGCCGAGAAGGCCUAUCUGAACGACAGCUGGUCAUAUCUCUGCUUCGACGCUAGUACCUGGAAACUCCACUUCGACGGCCAUGGAAAGGGUGGUUACAAGAGUGACAAGGAGCCUAAAGCGGCGCUGGAGAUGCAGGAGUACUACCACAUGAUCCAGAAGGCUAAGGACAAGGUGCUGCAGUAA